AUGAAGCUGGUAGAAGAAGAAAAAAUCCUUCCUAAUAGCGGUGGAACCAUCAAUAUCGUUCCUGAAGAACCAGAUGACAGGUGGCUCCUCUACAAUUUGAUUUCUAAGGGCGAUGUCAUCGUUGCCGAUACAACCCGCAAAACCGCCUUUGGCAGAGUUAGACUCACACUUGAAAUCAAAAUCACCGCCAUCGAUUAUGAUAAAGUAGGCUCAGUAAUCCGCGUCGCCGGCAGGAACUUGGUGCACAAUGAACACGUUGACGCCGGUGCCUUCCACACCAUAGAGAUUGAGAGGAAUAAACCAUUUGACCUGAAGAAGAAAGCUUGGGAUUCUGAUGCAAUCGAGGAACUACGCUCCUACGGCAAUGCUGCUAAAGCAGACCUCGCAGUCUUGUUGAUACAAGACGUAUCCGCGGAGUUGUACUCGAUAGGGAAAAUAGCCACUACACUUUGUGCCAACAUUGAAGCCCCAUCUAAAACCAAUCUCAACAAGAAUAGAGCUGCAAAAUCGAAAUCUCAGUCAAAGUCAAACAAGUUUUUUGAAAACAUUUUAACAGAAUUUGUAAAGUACGUGAAUUUCAACUUCGUAAGCUUGGUCAUAAUAGCAAGUCCCAACGGGACGGAGUUUCGGCAAUACUUGCUAGCAGAAUCACACGAAGGCAGAAGCUGCAGCAAAUAG